AUGCCGUUCAAGCAACCGCUAGGCGAGCGAGACGCCGCCAACCGGGUUGCACCGACUUUUAUUAGAGUGAGCGUCAGAAAAACAGUUUGUGAAGAGAAUCGGUGAAAUUUUCAGCCGCUAGCCGAUAAACGAGCUGUAGUUGGCGAGACGAUCAUUCUGGAAUGCCAACUCGAAGGUCAUCCGGAUCCGGCAAUCAAAUGGCUGAAGGACGGACACAAUGUUUCCAUGUGCCCAGAUUAUAGGGUCAGUAACUUCAGAUUGGGAUUCAUUCUAGUAUUCUCCUUCAGAUCGAAGAGGACGGUUUGAAGCACCGUCUUGUGAUUCCCCAGGUGCAAGCUGCUGAUAGUGGUCGGUUCACUGCACAGGCUUCCAACGCCGUCGGUACAAAACAAUCCACGUGCAUUCUGAUUGUGGCUCCAGCUCCGACUCCAGUUCCUGGCGCCAAAUCGGCUGUGGCGUGAGUUAUUUCAGCUCCAGGACAAUACGAUCGAGAGGUUUUAGAUCGCCGGCUCCUCCACAAACCCCCGUCGGACCAUCUGCUCCCAUUUUUCUGAAAGAGCUGAGACACCAGCCAUUGAAACCGGGAGCGGGAGUGACAUUCGAGGGAAGAGUCAUCGCAGUGCCUCCCCCGAACAUCGAGUGGAUGAAGAACGGAAAACCGCUGCAGAACUACCGUGCUAAGAUUGAGCAUGAUGCGAAAACGGGAAUCAUUUCACUCAUUAUCCCGCAAAUGUUCAACGACGAUGCCGGAGAGUACACGAUCCGCGCGACGAAUGUGCACGGAGAAGCUAUCAGUGGGGCGCAGUUGCUGCCGAGAGAACAGUAUGAUAGAUGGUUUUCGAACGAGCAGUCGAGACUGACGAAGGACAGGAAGCAGGGGUUGCUUUCGCAGACUCUGCGGCCGAGCAGUGUGGCCCAGAAGCAGAUGCAGAAGCAGGGAUACGACACUGACCAGGGAAGCAUUGACAUGGUGAGCACGCAUUCGGUGACGUAACUUUUCUAUUUAUUGUUCCAGCACUGGACAAUUUCCGAAUCUGAAACUGAGCCGGAGCUCUCUGCCCUCGACGCCAGGGGCGUUGGCACUAAACCGAUCGUGCGGACGCCUCUCCGAGGACUCAGACUGACGGAGGGAACAGACGCCAUCUUGCAAGCCAACAUUGUGGGAAACCCGAAACCGCGGGUGAGCAACAAGUGGGGCCAGGCAGAACAUUUCAUGUUCUUCCAGAUUCAAUGGCUCUUCAACGGACGACCACUGCAAGUCUCAGGGCCACGAAUGCAAAUGACAUAUAAAGGCUCGUUGGCAGUGCUGAAGAUCUCGAUGGUAAACCCGGAAGAGGCCGGAGAAUACACCGUCGUCUCGGAGAAUCGCUUCGGAAAGGCAAGAAUCUGUGUCCCAAAAAGUGCACGUAGAGCAGUUAGUGUGAUGAUGGAUUGAGACGUACUGUUUGCCAGAGCCACUUGAGUAUGAAUGUGGAAGCGAAAAAGAGGGAGGGAGGGGGAUGAAACAGUUUUUGUGUGGACGAGUAGGAGGAGAAACUGCACUCACGACGAACGGGGUUCACUGUCACUUUUCGCGCUUUUGUCCCCCACUAUUAUCAUCCCCCUUUGUGACGUGGCACAUUCCCAGCAUCUCGUCGCUUCAAAGCUUCGCUCCCCUCACUUCUAUUGCAACUCAUCUCAAUGGCUCUUCCUCUUUCUCUUCUUCAAGUUCCUACGGUAGUUUGUUCGCCCGUUCCUCCUCGUCAUUGCCAGAGAGCACAUGUGAGAAGCCCUCGGGAGCCCGUGUGUGUGUGUGUUGCAAAUCCCUCGCAGAGAUAUCCUCUCUCUCUGCUUGAGAACCAAUAGACAUUGUGCUAAUUGGCGCAUACGCAGAGGGCGCUAGCUCCCGCGAGAGUUCAGAAAAAAGCGAGUGGAAGGAGGUAGGUGCGGGGGAAGAUAAACAGCCCCGGCGCCCCGUCCUAGCCCUCAGCGGCGCCGUGAAAUAGGCAAGAGAAGAUGAGGAAGAAUGCGAGGACUGAGAGAGAGAGAGAGAGGUCUGAUCAUCUCCCGGGAUGCAGUGAUAUUUUGUUGUUGCUCCCUCCGGCUGGUGCCAUCAUCAUCACCGAUCCCAAUCGGCAGCGGAGCAGUGGGCCCGACCAGCAUGCAACCCUCCUUCCUCACUCACUUUCACACCUUUUCUCCAUCUCCAACUUACCUGGAUCCAUUUCUCAGCUCCGCCUCCGUUCAGCUCAAUAACACUUCCAUUGGUCUAUUAGUUUUUGAAUCAUAUUCUCCUGGUCUGAUGCCUUACUAGUUUCACUGGGAUAUCACAUAAGCGUUCGUUCCUUUGCAACUUUUCGUCUGAUCGGUUCAUCCUCCCAUCGAUUGAGCUAUCCAUUGUUUCACUGCUCGUAUUUGCUCACAAUCAGCUAUGAUCAGAAAUCUUGCGCUCAUUCCCUUCACUGAUCAUUCAAAUGUGUCCUUUUUUCAGGUCGAGAGUUCAGCGCGCAUCGAGGUUUAUCCGCUGAGCGUGCCGGACGAACGACGCAAGGAAAAUCAACUUCGCGAGCAACGAGAAGAGGUGAGCCUGAAAGCCUGAAAGCCUAAAAGUUUGCAAUUGUUGUUGUCUUCUUUCCUCAACAACACACCUGGCAGGGUCCCGACGGUCAUUGGAUAACAAUUGUGUGAUCCGGGGCUGGGGGAAGUGUGUAAUGUUACGAAAUGAAAUGAUCGGUGCAAAUUGGCACACUUGGCUCGGCUCAACUGCGUUUUUUAUUGGUGAUUGGCAGAAAGAAAAGAGGAUGUGGUGGUAUCAAAAGAUUGAAGACUGAAAACAAAAGAACUGUGAAGUUGGAGAAAACGACGAAGGGAAAAAUGAUCUAUUGAGCUCUAAAGAGGCACUCAAUCUUCCACUUAUCGCCUUUUUAUCAUCUGUUCCUCCAACUUCUUUCUGCAAUAUCAAUCACCUUCAACGACUCUCCGAUUCUUGAGCGCCGAGAUCUCAGUGCUGCGAGCCGUCUGUUUUUUUUCCGCGUUCCCCGAGCAGCCAUCGAUCACCGGGACUCCCCCGCAAUUUGGGAGCAGCCCCAAUGACUUCACACUUUACACCCACCCGGAUGAGAAAAAAAAACAACAAAACGAAGCAAUUAUGAAACCAGCGGAAAUUUUCUUUUCUUUCAGCGUGAUCGCCAACAACAGGCGCUUGUCGAGGCGACUCUCGCGCGAGAGAGACAACGCGACGCCGAGAACCGACGCAUCCGCGAAGAGCAGGACCGUCUACGUGCGCUUUUCGAACGUGAAAAAGCGGAACGCGAACGAUUGGAAGAGGAGCGUCGGCAGUUGGAGCACGAGAAGCGAUUGCGGCAUCAGCAGGUGGGGAGCCGCCAUACAUAGACGGACAAUAGUUUGUCUUUGUUUUCAGCAGCAGCAGCUUUUCGAACGCGAAAAGGCAGAGAAGGAAGAAAGAGCUCGGCUUGAAGAAGAGCGGCGACGGCUGGAACACGAGAAGCGGAUAAGGCAACAGCAGCAAACUCAGCCUUAUCAGCUUCAGUACGACCAUCCGCCUGUCCAGCAGCAGCAGCAACAGCAACAGCAGCCACAUCAAGCCUGGCACGAUUUCGAGCUCGUUCGUCGACCUCAAUACGUUUCUGACGAAUAUCAAGAACCGCAUUACGCGCAAAUCAGACCACAACAUCAACAACAUAAGCAGCAACAAGAAGCUUCCCACCAACAGCUUUACGAACAAUAUCGCAGACAACAACAGCUGAAUAGAGUAAGUGUUCGAUCAUAAAGUGAAAUGAAUUUCGAGAUUUCAGGAGCAGCAACUCUAUCAACCGCAUCACCAACAGCAGCAGCAAUCACAGGAACAGUCACAGUUCCACCACUUUAACCAAUAUCAGCAGCAUAUUCGAGAUCAUCAUCAGAACACAAUGCCAGUUUUCAGACAGCAGCAGCCAACACAGGUCACGGUUAGUUGCUAACCGAAUUGGCAACUGAAAUGUACCUGAGUUACAGAACGGAGGAGCCAGAGCAGCAAAUGGUUCCGCCAAGACGGCCAACGGAUCGGCAGCCAACGGUUCCGUCCAACACGCAGCAAGCGGCGGAGCGGUACAAGGACAGGCACGCGGGCACGAGCACGGAGCAGCACUCGUGAAUGCCCGUCCGCCACAGUUUCUCGUCCAUCCGCAGUCCGUGGCGGCGAAGGCGCUCGAGACGGUCACUUUCAGUGCGAAGGUCGUCGGAACGCCCGCGCCAACUCUCACGUGGCAGAAGGCGGACGGAACAGUUAUUCAGUCCGGCGGCAAAUUCAAAGUCGAAACUGGGCCCGACGGCAGCGGUCGGCUCAUUAUCGAAAAAGUGGACGCCCAUGACGCCGACAUGUACAUGCUUGUCGCCAGAAAUGACGGAGGAUCGUUCCAGAGCAGGUUCUCAUUGAACGUCCUUCGUGAGUUUCAGCGUUUAUCUAAUCAAUUGAAAACAUCUCAUUUGCAGAAGCCAAGUCACCAGAGGCUCCAGAAUUUACUGGAAAAUUCCAGUCAACAACUCUUUAUGACGGGGAUUCCGUGAAGCUUUACUGUAAGGCAGCAGGAGAAGGAGUGAGCUUCAAGUGGUUCAAAGACAAUGAACCGAUCUCAUCAGGUGGCAACUACAAGUACGUUUGACUCAGCUGACUUCAGUUUGACAUUGAGUUUUGUAGUGUGGAGAACAAAGGAAACGAGACCACAUUGCACAUCAACAACGCCUCGCUCAACGAAGGAGGAUGGUACCGGUGCGAUGCGACGAACAAGCACGGAACGACGACUUUGAAGGGACGAGUUGUGGUGAACUCGCGUCAGAAGUUCACAGGACCCGCCCACAGAGAACUUAUCACUCUUCGCAAGGUGGACAAGGUGGAGAGAUCGAGGACGCCAGUCAACCAGUUGCAAGACGUGUCCGCAUCCAAAUCCGCCCCGAAGUUCGAUGGAAGUUUGCAAUCACAGCAGUUGAUCGAGGGACAAUCCGCAAGACUCGAGGUCAAAUACACGCCCGUCGAUGAUCCGAACCUCAGAAUCGCCUGGCUUCUCAACGGAAAGGCCAUUCUGGCCUCAUCGAGAACCACCACUCUCACAGACUUUGGAAUCGCCGCUCUUGAAAUCAACCCAGUGACGGUGUUCGACCAAGGAGAGUACACAGUCGUAGCUGUGAACCCUCUUGGCGAAGAUCGUCUCUCUGCCAACAUUGCCGUCAUCGGACACGGAUCGUUCAUCCAACAACAGCAGCAAGGAACGCAGUUCGGAGGCACUGCCUACCAAUCGAAGGGCUCACAACCACCAGCAGGAGUCCAACUCGAUCUGCCAAACUUCCAUUCGGACCUCCGAUCUCAAGAGAUCUUCGAGGGACAACCAAUCCAUCUGGAAGUGAAGCUCACUCCUAUCAAUGAUCCGGAUCUCCGAGUAGUCUGGUUCUUGAACGGAAAGGAACUCGUUAAGAGUAAGUUAUCACUCAAAACUCUGGUCAAUCCCCUUUUGUUUUGCAGAUGACAAGUAUCGUCAGUCCCUUUCCCACGGCUUUGCCACUCUGGACAUCCCUCAAACAUCGCAGGACGACAGUGGAUACUAUUCAUGUCGCGCCUUCAACAAACUCGGAGAAGCCGAGAACCAAGCCACCAUCAUUGUUCAUCCGAAGGUGGAACUUCAUCAGUUUGAUCAGAAUCGGCAACUGGACGUGGACGAUGUUCGCGAGAUUCAGUUCGCUCACUCGUCUCAAGACCUCACACCGAAGUUCUUGACUCAACUGAAGCCAUUCCAUUGCGAACAGGAACUCGGCCGCUCCAUCUUCGAGGCUCGCAUUCAGCCAAUCAAUGACCCGACUCUAAGAGUCUCCUGGCUUAAGGACGGUCAGCCGCUUCCGAACGCCAAUCGCAUCCAGACAUUCCAAAACUUUGGAGUGGUUUCUCUGUCUCUGCAUCCAACUUAUCCGGAGGACAACGGAGUCUACACCUGUGUUCUGUUCAACUCUCACGGACAGGCCCAGUCGUCGGCUGAGCUGACCACUGUCUGGAUCGACACUCUCCAACUCGACUCCAAGCACACCGACAGCCUUCCGAUCAUCGGUUAUCUGGACAGCCAUCAAAUUCACAUCGGACCACAGUCAGUCGACCGACCGGAAGAGUUCAACUCGCUGGAAGCACCGAAGUUUGCUCGUGAACUGGCCACGAAGAUCGAGGUGAUGGAGAACGAGCCAGUGCACUUCGAGGCAAGAAUCCAGCCGGCUAAUGACGUCAAGAUGACCGUCGAGUGGUACCAUAACGGAAAACCACUGCCCGCCGCCCAUCGUUUCCGUCCGAUGUUCGACUUCGGAUACGUGGCUCUGGAUCUGCUCUACGCGUAUCCACAAGACUCGGGAACGUACACUCUGGUCGCCAGAAACGAGUUGGGAGAAGCUCAGAGCAGCGUUGAAUUGGUGGUCGGAAGUGAGAAGGUGCUCUAUCUGGAACCCCAUCAUCCGGAAGGACUCGAAAGAAUCAAGGUGAGUGCGAUUUAUUGAAAAUACAAUGUGUACCAGUAGAAUACAGCGAUGGCGACUUAUCAGACACAAACAUUAUAGUCGCAUCCAGUGGGGCAACACUUUUUCCCUUUGCAAUCCUGAUCAGUAGUGCACCAGCUGAUCGGAGUGUAGACCAUGCACUUAUAGCCGAGCUGAGUGGGUGUGGGACAGGUGCCGGGCAUUGGAUGGCAGCAGCGUUGAGUCGAGAAAUCAAGACACACCUGAGAACGAUUUAUGACUUGGCAUAGGUGGAAUGGAAUGACUUACGGUUCCGGAGGGGCAUUUCGCUGAUUUAACACAUGAAGCGGUUAGGAAUUUGAGACGGCAAACGGGUAGUCCUACUGAAAUGACUUGACGUCUCUCACUGAAUGUGUUCUGCUGUUUAGCUUACUUUCAAAAGAUUCAUAUUGUUUGUUCGGUUCGUAGUCAUCCAUCUGAGCUUCUUCUUCGCAUUCUUCUCUGUAGACUCCCAAGAUUUUCCAAUAUUCACAAAGAGGAAUAGUUUUCUCUAAACCAAAAAGCCAUCAGAACACCGAUUACUUAUACCCCUUACGCUUCUGAAUCCUUUCCGGCGCAUAGAAACGAGGCUCAUCAGUGAAAGGAAGGUUGAGUCUUGGAAUCUUGUACUCAUUGAAAGAUUGAUAGCAAGUUAGCAGAGAGCAAAAGAGCAAAAGUAAGACGAUCGAGCGAUGCAUAGUUAAGAAUGAUUUGCCGCAUUAGAGAAGCCCUCGAUAGUGUGUCAAUAGGUGGCCGAAAAAGGAAGGAGCGGCUUGUUUGCCUACUGUAUAUUUUGACCCAAUGUUGAUUGUUUACUGCUUACCAACUCAACUGAUGAUAAUCAAUUUCAGGAGCUCGAGCAGGAUCGUCGCCAAGGUAUCGCCGAAGUGGAGGAUCGCUCUUGCGAUGCCGCGCCGAAGUUCCUCAACGACCUGCCGGAUCUUCAGCUCAACGAGCACGAUAACAUCCACGUGGAUCUUCGUGUCACUCCAGUAAAUGACCCGACCAUGGUCAUUGAAUGGUUCGUCAACGGGCGACCACUUCUGACUGGAAGUCGUGUCAAGACCCUGAACGAGUUUGGAUUCAUUGCUCUCGAUAUCAAGGGAGCAAUUGCUGAGGACUCGGGAACUUACUCGGUCCGCGCGAGCAACCUCCUCGGAGAGGCCAUCAGACAGUGUCUGAUCACAGUGACACGUAAGUCGUUGAAAACGAAAGCAGCAUAUUGAUUUUAUUGUUUUUCAGCUGCCGGACAGAUUCUUUCGGACACUCAACAUCAGGAGUCUCUCGGAAAGAUCAACUAUCUGGAGAACUUGAACAAGUACGGAAGAGUUGAGAUUGAAGACAAAGGGCCAGAAGGACCACCAGUCUUCGUUGUGCCCCUCCAAUCUGACUUUGGAGAUGUGAGUGAUUGCCCAAACAUUCCGAUGACAACCGAAUUCUUUCAGAUCGAAGAAGGCGAACCGAUUCAUCUCGAGUGUCAAGUAACCCAAUAAACGAUAACACCUUGAGAAUCACCUGGCUCCGUGACGGUCACCCACUUCCUCAUGGACACCGUUUCCGUACUUUCUACGACUUCGGCUUCGUUUCCCUGGACAUUCUCGGAUUCUACGCUCAGGACGCUGGAACUUAUACGUGUCGGGCCGAGAACUCUCUCGGACAGGCUGAAACAGUGGCCACCAUCAGAUGCGCACGUGAGUCAUUCUUCCCCAUUUUCCGCCCCCGCGUUCCGAGGAGCCUCGUCAAGCUCCCGAGAAGCAAGUGCGCACAACUAUGUUGAACUUUUAGCUUAUUCGAUUCCUACCGCCCGCCGCGUAACCCAAUAGGUGCCUUCUUUUCUUCCCCUCCCGUCUCCUGCUUUCCCAUUCGCAACGUUCCCUAUUUCUACUACUAUUAGGCAGUCCCAAUGAGCAACAACUACGUGUUUGGGGUCAACUAUGGCCCCAAACCCACAGUUCCACCCGCAUCUUCUAGUCUCAGCGGAAUGGGUCACAUUUUGAACAGAAAAAACACAAAGCCAGCAGCAAGCAAGACCACUGGAAUGGGCUUACUAAAUCUUUCGAAUUCAGCGAAAGAUGCCAUUCUCGGAGCAGUCCAACAUCCGAGAAGUUACGCCAGAAUCCAAGAGAUCGAGGCUCCGAAGCCCCCACCACAGGAAGUGCCGGACCUCCCGCAACAGGUGAACCAUUCACAAGUGUUCUCUCAUUCAAUCGCCCUGAUUCCAGGUGCCCGUGUUUGUGAAGCAGUUGGGACCAGCCAUCCAGUGCAUGGAGGGAGACAACGUCUAUCUGGAGGCGCAAGUCACUCCGACCGACGACAAUUCGUUGACUGUGAGUUAAUUGGUGGUCAAUGAUUUGAGUGUUCAAGGUUAAACAAAAGGAGAAACAUGAUGAACACAAAAAGCAAAUAUUUGAAGUUGAGCUGACGGAGAAGAAGACUUGCUUCUCUUAAUGAUGGAAAAAUGUUGUGUUUGUAUCAAAAAGAAUAUGACUUAAUGGCUAUGAACACAUACUUUUCAGUACGAAUGGCUCGUCAAUGGUCAGCCGUUGAUGAAGGCGCACAGAUUCGUUCUGUCGCAAGACUUCGGAUACAUUGCUCUGAACAUCCUCUACUGCUAUCCAGAAGACAACGGAACAUACACUCUUGUGGUCAGAAACCGUGCCGGAGAGGCUCAAUCUUCAGUCGAUAUCAACUGCGGACACGUGGGAGGCAACGUGAGUUUCUUUUUCAGAUCCUUCAGAAUUGUUCAAUAUUUACACCUGAGCAAACUGUAAUCUGAUCCUUUCUAAAUGUUCCGACCGUCACCAAUUGCUUGCAGUUCACCGACUCGUUCCAUCCGAACUCUCUUCAUCGCAUUGCUGAGCUUGAGGCUCCGAUUCAACGGGCCGAGCCAGCCGCCGACAAAGAGAAGGAAGUGCCGAAGAUUGUCAAGGCUCUUCCACCGACCAUCGACUCGGUUCACGAGUCUCAGACACUUCAUUUGGAGGCACAGGUCACUCCGAUUGACGACAAUACUUUGAGAGUAAGUCUCAAAUUGCAAAACCCAAUAAAAUUAUGUCACUUUCAGUAUGAAUGGCUCUUCAACGGUCAGCCACUCAAGGCUUCCAGCAGAUACCGCGUCCUCAACGACUUCGGAUUCGUUUCCCUCGACAUUGAUUACAUCAUUGCGGAAGACAGUGGAAAGUACACUCUGGUCGUCUACAACUCGGCCGGACGUGCCGAAACUUCCUGCGAGUUCCAAGUCGACAGACUCAAAUCCAUUCUCUCGGACACUGCUCAUCCCGAAUCGCUCCGUAGAAUCCGCGAGAUGGAACAAUUGCAGCCAGCCAAGCCGUCCGACGACGAUGCACCACUUCAAGCUCCCACGUUCACGCAGCAACUCACGGGACCAACAGAGCCACUCAAAGAGGGUCAGUCCGUGCACAUGGACUGUGUCGUCCAACCGAUCAACGACCCGAGUCUCAAGAUCGAAUGGUUCCAUGAUGGCAGACCACUCAUGUUCGGUUCCCGCAUCCGAACCAUCCACGAUUUCGGCUACGUCGGCCUCGAGUUCCUGCACAUUCAUCCGGAGGACACUGGAACUUACACGUGCAAGGCUACCAAUCUCAUCGGAGAGGCCACCACCGACAUCUAUUUGGAGUGCAAGUCCCGCCGUAACAUCUACCUGGAUACUCACCACGAGUCAUCCUGGCAGAAAAUUCAAGAGAUCGAGAACAGAGUCGACGAGCGCGAGCCAACUCCAGAGAUCACCUUCCAGCCACCGACUUUCACCGAAGUCCUCACUGACAAGACUGAUGCUCAAGAAGGACAGGCAAUCCGUUUGGAGUGCCGUUUGAUCCCAGUCAACGAUCCGACGAUGAGAGUGACCUGGACCAGAGACGGGCAAUCUCUUCCAGAGGCUUCCCGCUUCAUGCCUGCCAGAAACUUCGACUAUGUCAACCUCGACAUUCUGGCUCUUUACGGAGAGGAUUCCGGAGUCUACACUUGCACAGCCGUCUCUGCGUUUGGAGAAGCUGCUACUUCGUGCACUGUCAAGUGCGCCGCCACCAAGUCUCUCCUUCUCGAUACCAUGCACGAUGCCUCCUGGAAACGCGUGCAAGAGAUUGAGAACCGUGAGAAGCUGGAAGCAAUCGAUGCGGAGCCAGAGAAACCGCGCCGAACUUCGUCGUUCCAUUGAACGCUUCCCUUGGAGAGCUCCAGGAAGGAGUUCCAAUUCACUUGGAAUGCCAGGUGGAGCCAACGAACGACAAUCAGUUGACUGUGCAAUGGUAUCAUAAUGGCCAGCCACUUGCCAACGGACAUCGCUUCCGCACUCGCCACGACUUCGGAUACGUUGCCCUGGAUAUCUUGUAUGCAUUCGCUCAGGAUACCGGAGAGUGGGCGUGUGUGGCCAGAAACAGUCUCGGAGAGGCUCAGACUGUCGCCAACUUCACUGUUCUGCCACGUGGAACCAUCUACACCGACUCGCAACAUCCGGAGAGUUGGCAGAAGAUUCAAGUGCUCGAGGCGCCAAGAGCCGCUGCUCCGGAGAGACCGGAUGCAGAGCAUGAUGCUCCACAGUUUAUUGAGCCGCUUGAGAGCCUUGAGAGAAUCGAGUUCCAGUCAGCUCACUUCCAAACAAAGGUCACUCCGCAGACGGAUCCGAACCUCAGGAUUCAAUGGUUCAAGGAUGGACAGCCGUUGAGAAACUCCAACCGUUUCAAGCUGACCACCGACUUCGGAUACAUUUCUCUGGACAUUGCUCACACCGUCCCUGAAGACAGCGGAGUCUACUCCGUGAAGGCUAGCAAUGCGAAGGGAGAAGCUGAAGUGCAGGCUCAGUUGUCUGUCCGUGGAAACGCGGCGAUCAUCGGAGACACUCAGCACGAGCAGUCCUGGCAGAAGAUUCAAUUGAUCGAGGCUCCAAGAGCGCCUGGAGAGGAGGCUCCGGAUGUGAAGCACGGACCGCCGAAGUUCGUCACUCAACUGCACAGUCUCGACGGAGUGGUGGAGGGACAGCCGUCUCAUUUUGAAGCUCAGUUCAUUCCGUUCUCCGAUCCGAAGACUUCCGUCCAAUGGUUCCUCAACGGAAAGCCACUGUCUGCUUCUUCUCGCAGAAUCCUCCGCAACGACUUUGGUCUUGUCUCUCUGGAUCUGCAGUACACCCUUGGAGAAGAUGCUGGAGAGUACAGUGUCGUCGUGAAGAAUGCCGAAGGAGAGGACAGAACUUCCGGACAACUCUCGUGCACCACCAGAGCCGCCAUUCUGGGAGACACUCAGCACGCUCAAUCGUGGCAGAGAAUCCAAGAGAUCGAAGCGCCAAGGGCUCCUGGAGCCGAGCCGGAAGGACCGGUUUACGAGAAGCCAUCGUUCAUUCAGCCACUUCAAUCGGUUGGAGAUCUUCCGGAAGGAUCUGUGGCUCUUCUUGAGGCCCGUCUCAUUCCAGUCAACGAUCCGAACCUCCGCGUGCAAUGGUUCUUCAAUGAUCAGCCGUUGAUGGAGUCCAACUGGAUCUCAACCAGCAACGACUUCGGGUGCGUCUCUCUCAGAAUCGCCCCAGUUUACGCAAGACACACUGGUGUUUAUUCGUGCAAAGCAUGGAACGACAACGGAAACGCCGUCACUUCUGCGAACGUCGGAGUUCAAGGAUCCGAGGGUCUUCUCCUCGACACUGCUCACCCGGUGUCACUAAAGAAGAUUCAAGAGCUUGAGGCCAUCGACAAGUACGCCAGACUCGAAGCUCCGGAGAGAGAAUACGACAAGCCACAGUGGGUGCAAGGGUUCGAGAACUUUGAGAACGUCGGAGAGGGACAAACUGUUACUCUUCACGGACUCGUUGAGCCAUCUGGAGACCCGAAUCUCCGCAUCGAGUGGCUUCUCAACGGAACUCCGCUCAUGAAUGCGAACCGUUUCCGUCAAGAAUACGAGUUCGGAAACGCCAUUCUCACGAUCGUCCACGUUCUGCCGCAUGAUUCUGGAGUCUACACGUGCCGAGCCUACAAUCAGCAGGGAGAGGCUUCCACUUCUGCCACUGUCACCACCGCUGGAUACGAAAGAAUCUUGUAUGAUUCCCAACAUCCAGUCUCCUGGCAACGAAUUCAAGAGCUUGAAGCUCCAAAGAUUGUGGAAGAAAUCGAGGAAGUCGUUCAGAAGGAGAAACCGCAAUUCCUCACUCAAUUGGAGUCCGCUGAGAAUGUGCCAGAAGGCGUGCCACUUCAUCUCGAGGCCACCUUCCAGCCGGCCAGGGACUCUGAUCUCAAGGCGGUCUGGCAGAAGAACGGACAGCCACUGGGCGCUUCCCAACUUGUGCAGACAAAGCACGAACUCGGAUGGGCCACUCUUGACAUCUCGUCGGUCAACGAGGAUCACAAUGGAGUGUACACCCUCACCAUUUCCAACAGCGAAGGAGAAGCCGUCUCGACUGCUUCCAUUCGUGUUGCCGGAACUGGUCCGAUCCUCGGCGACACUCGCCACGAAGAGUCCUGGAAACGCAUCCAGAUCCUCGAAGCGCCAAAGGAGGCGGAGCCUGAAGCCCCUGCUCCAGUCUACGAUCAUCCAGCCAUCACCACGCAGAUUGAGGACAAAGAAUGCUACGAAGGAGACCACGUGCACUUCGAGGCGCUUAUUGUUCCAGUCAACGAUCCACGUCUCCAAGUGCAAUGGAUCCGCAACGGAGUUCCCCUUGCUCACGGAUCCAAGUACGCUAUUCAGCAAGAUUUCGGAAUUUGCACUCUCGAUAUCGCGUACACGUAUCCAGAGGAUGAAGGAGUCUAUCAACUGCGCAUCUGGAAUCCAGACGGUGAAGCUGUGUCUUCUGCCACAGUCAAGUGCCACGGAAAAGACGCCAUUUUGGGAGACGUCCAGCACCAGGAAAGCUGGAAGCGCAUCCAGGAGAUCGAGGCACCGAAGCCGAAGUUGGAAGAGGCCGAUCCGGAGCCGAAGGGACCACCGAGAUUCAUUCAACAGCUUUCGAGCCCUGGAGAAUUGGUGGAAAAUCAACCGGCUCACUUCGAGGCCACCAUCGAGCCAGUCGACGAUCCGACUCUUACUAUCAGCUGGUUCUUGAACGGACAGCCAAUCGCCGCUUCGUCUCGUGUCAAGAUGAUCAACGACUUCGGAUGGGUCAUUAUGGAUAUUGCCCAAACCGAAACGAGAGAUUCCGGAGAAUGGAAAUGCGUUGCCAAGAACGCCGCCGGAGAAGCCGUUUCGACGACAACUCUCGGAGUUCAGGGCAAAGACGUCAUCCUUCACGAUUCUCUGCAACCCCAAUCUUUGGAUCGCAUUCGUCAGAUCGAAGCCGGAAAGCCAGCUCCAGAAGAGCGUCCAGACCAGCAAUUCGACGCCCCAGUCAUUGUUUCCGCACUUCAAGUGCAAGGAUCCCUGGAGGAAGGCGGAAGUGCUCAUCUGCAGACGCAGUUCACUCCCGUGGCCGAUCCAUCGAUCAAGGUUGAAUGGCUCAAGGACGGACAACCGAUCUUCCACUCCAAUAGAUACAAGAUGGUCCACGACUUUGGAUUCGCUGUUCUGGACAUUCUGCAUCUUCUGAGACACGAUGCCGGAGAGUACACCUUCCGCGUUUCCAACAGAUCCGGUGACGCCUCCACUUCCACCAACUUUACAGUCUCGGAAAGCAGCGGUCUCAUUCUCCAGCCACAAAACGAGCAAAAGGCCAAGGCUGUUGAGAUUCUUGAGGAUCACUUAAGAAGAAGACCAGAAGAGAUUGAGCUGGAGAUCAAGGAAGCCACGCCCGUUUUCAUCGAGCCACUCUCUGCUCCAGUCGACACCGAAGAAGGAGGUCGUGCUCAUUUCACUGCUCGUUACGAGCCAGUCAAUGACAAUCAGUUGCAAGUGCAAUGGUACCACGACGGAAGGCCACUCAAGAACGGAAGCCGUAUCAAGACCAUCAACAGCUUCGGAUAUGUGGUUUUGGAGAUCAGUCCGACUUAUCCGGAAGACAACGGAGAGUACACUUGCCGUGCGAUCAACCGAGUCGGAGAGGCUGUCACUUCCACGAGACUCACCUGCUCGCCUAAGGAAGGAAUCAUCAGCUCCACCCAGUUGCCGGAUCGAAUGGCCAAUGCUGGAAAAAGAAUUGCUGAGAUCGAAGCCCCAAGACCGGCUCGCGAGGAUGCUCCAGAUGUUGAUCACGGAGCGCCAAAGUUCACAUCUGCUUUGGCAGGACCACCGGAAUUGCAGGAGGGACAACAGGCUCACCUCGAGUGCCAGGUCACUCCGGUUGCCGACCCGAAGCUCAAGAUCGAGUGGUUCCACGAGGGACAGCCAGUGAAGCACACGAACAGAAUGAAGGUCAUUCACGACUUUGGAUUCGUUGUCCUUCAGUUGUCGCCCGCCGAGCCGCAAGACUCGGGAACUUGGACUUGCCGUGCAACUAAUCAGCACGGAUCCGAUGAAGUUUCCACUGAGAUCAAGGUCGUCGGAGGAGGCGGAGUCUCUUACGAGUGGCAGAGCCCAGCCCAACGCAAAGAGCGUAUUACUGAGCUCGAGGACUGGAUCCACCGUCCGAAGGAGGACCUCAACCUUCCACCUGUUGAAUAUCCAGAACCGUCCUUCUCACAGGAGCUCACUGACCUCGGCCAGUUGAACGAGGCAGACGCCACCGCCUUCGUUUGUGUCCUCGAGCCGAUCGGAGAUCCGACUUUGAGAGUGCAAUGGGAGCACAACGGACACCCGAUUCCGUACUCCAACCGUAUCUCGUGCACCAACGAAUUCGGAGUCGCCACCCUCCUCAUCAAGCAUCUCAUUGCUGCCGACGCCGGAGAGUACAAGUGUGUGGCCACGAAUGCGAAGGGAACCGCCAGCUCGGUUGGACACGUCGCCGUCGAGUCGGCCACCCAGAUUGACACUCCGCAAGUUGUGCAAGCUCUCGUUGACAGUGUGGAUAACACGCUCGAAGGAGAUUCCAUCCAUCUCGAAUGCCGUGUCACUCCCAUCAACGACCCGCGUCUCCGUGUGAAAUGGCUACGCAAUGGAGAGCCACUGCCAGAAGCCAGCAGAUUCCGUCCGACUUUCGAGUUCGGAUUUGUCAGCUUGGAUAUCCUGUACGCUUAUCCAGAAGACAACGGAGACUACGAACUUGUCGUGUACAACGAUAAGGGAGAAGCCCGCACCAAGACGAAAAUCGCUGUCGCGCCAAGGCCUUCACUCGACUACACUUCCCAAACUCACGGAAACCAGCAAGAUUCUCUUGAGUCGCACUUCAAACAACACUCGCAAGCCAAGCUUCAGCUCACUGCCAGCGACAUCUACAAUGAGGUUGACAAGCGUGCGCCAGAAUUCCGUACUCAGCUUCAAAACAUCGGAGUGCUCGAGGGAGAGUUCUGUCGCUUCGAGACUCAAGUCGCACCGAUCAACGAUCCGUAUCUCAAGGUGGAGUGGUACAAGGACAAGAAGCCAGUGCUUCUCGGACACCGCUUCCGCUCCACGCUCGAUUUCGGAUUCGCUUGCCUCGAUCUGUUGUACGCUCUUCCGGAUGACACUGGAGAGUACCACUGUGUGGCCACCAACCGUCACGGUCAGGCUAUGAUCAGCGCCAAAUUGGCUUGCCAGGGAGCCUCGCACGUCAUCACUGACAGCCAGAUGCCACAAGGACUCCGUGUAAGCAAUGUGAAGAAGGACAACAAGAACGUCUACUGGAGCGAGCAGGGAGGACCUAUUCAGCCGAAACAGAAGCAGCCACCACAGUUCACGAUUCCACUUCGAAACUUGCAAGUCACCGAGAACCAGCCAGCCAGAUUCGAGUGCGCCGUCGUCGGAUUCCCACGUCCGAAGGUCACCUGGUUCAUCAAUGGCAACCAGUGUCUCCACGGACAUCGCUUUAAGUUGAACUUCGACGGUCUCCACUACCUCACCGUCAGCAAAUCGAGAAUCUCGGAUGCCGGAGAAGUUGUCGCCAUUGCCAGAAACACCGAGGGAGAGACAAUCUCCACGGCCACUCUGGACAUCUUCCAGAACGAUGACUUCAGACAAGCCAAACUGAGACCGGCCAACUUCAAGACAUCCGAUGAGCUGAGAGAAAGAGAGUUGCAGUGGCAGAGAGAUACGCUCGGAUCACUUGGACCCGCCUUCGAGGCCGCUCCGAAGCCGGACGCCCAGAAGCUCAUGCACGUUGAAAGAGCGCAGAGCCCGAUCGAACCACUGGAGUCUCAGGAACUCAUUCAGAAGUUCACUCGUCCACGCGACGACAGUUUCUACAACAAGUUGUCGUACGUGGAGACCCAGAAGCCGCAAUUCAAGGGAAUGGAACUGGAGUCGGUGAACUUAAAGGCCGGAAAGGUCGAGAAGUAUCAGCCGCCCACGGAAGAGAUGGAGAGGGUCAACCUGAAAGCGAUCCCAGACAAGGACAGACCAGACGUAGAAUGGGAACGACCGGAUUGGGCGGGACAGGAUGGAGGAGCCAAGCUGCCGGGUGCCGACGAAGGACGCUUCAAGAAGUUGCCGACGCCACCGCCAGAGUUGGAUGUUCCGGCCAGAGACCAGGUAAAAUUGAAGACUGCCAAGCCGACGAGAGGAAAGGAUGUCGAGUCUGGAGAGCGAGUGAAGCUGAACACCGAGAAGGCCAAGAUCAAGGAGAUCCAGCAGAAGCCGGAACAGCCGAAAGAAGAGCCGGUUGUGCACAAAGACACCGUCCAACUCAAGGUAAGUGAAACCGCUUUCAGCACAACGCAACUCACCCCCACAGAUCCCCGAUUCCAAGUUACCCUCCCACUCUGCACUACCCCUUUUCAGCAACAACAACUGCCAAAGACCGGAGUGAAAGGAGAUCAUUUCACUGUGGACAGAGAGAAGGAUCUCAAGGAGACGCCGGCGGUCGUGAAGCCAGUCAUCGAGGAGACCCGCAUCAGCAACAAGGUACGGGCACACUGUCCAUUAACUUGUCCUCUUCUUUCUCUUUCUGCUUGCUCUGCUUGGUUUUUGACUCACGUUGAGUUGUUGUUUUGUUUGAAGCUAGCACAAUGUUGACUGUAUGUUCGUUGCAGAGUGUUACGCAUGAAUCUUCUUCUUCCACGUCUUCAUCUUCCUUCGCACAAAGCCAGGGACGCAUCACCUAUCAAGCCUACCGGGAGCACAAAGAAUCGACCUCCUCAGACGUGUGUCAUGUGUCUUGUCUUGUCAUGUCUGUGAAGUGUUCAGGUAUAUCUUUCCGUCGAGACUGCCGAUUCGUAUUCUCAUGUGCAAAGGCUCGAGUACAGUCCGAGAAGUCCGCGGAGAGAGCGUGUUAUCGGAUUCCAUAUGAUUCGGGUUUGGCAUGACUUUUUGAUUGAGUAGAAUGUUAUGAGUGUUCUUGUCUCAUGAUCGUUCUUCGACACGGAAACAAGUUGUCUUUCAGCCACAACCAACGAAGAUCGGACAAUCGAAACAGGCGCCGCCGACCAUCUCUCAACAGCUGAAGCCACUUGAAGGCGAGCUCGGAAAAGCCGCCAAGUUUAUUAUCGAGUUUGCUGGAGCUGCUCCAAUCAAGGUCACUUGGUUUAAGGAUGGAAAGGAAAUCAAGAGCACUUUCCGAUCACAGGUGAGAUUCAAAAUGCGACAGAUGCCCAUCAGUGGUUCAAUUACAGAUAACUACGACUCCAACCAACUCAAGCCUCCACAUCGGCCGUUUGGAGAAUUCUCAUUCUGGAGAGUACACCGUCCGAUUGGAGAAUGCCGCCGGAACCGUUGAAUCGCUGGCCUCCCUUUCUGUUGCACCACCGAGCGCCCAAGGAAAGGCUCCGGACUUUACAGCCCGUCUAAACGAUCUUCGCAUCCAGCAGAACGGACCGGCCGAGUUCUCCUGCAACAUCGGAGGGGAACCAAAGCCGACGAUCCAAUGGUUCAAGGACGGACAGCCACUGCCGAACGACGACAGAUUCUCGGUGGUCGAGGAGAACGGAACGUACAAACUCAAGUUCGCCAACAUUCUCUCGACUGACGCCGGAGUUUACGAGAUUGUGGCCAAGAACGGAGCUGGAGAAGCCCGCUGCAAGGCCCGUCUCAACGUGAAUCUCCAGAAGACUGGAAAGGGAGCCGAGGAAGGUCCGAGAUACGAGGCGCCACGCUUCUCGAGCCAGAUUCAGCCGAUUGUGGUUGAUGAGGGCAAGGGAGCGCAGUUCAGUGCCAAGUUCAACGGAUUCCCGGAGCCAACCAUCCGUUGGUAUCGCAACAAUGAACCGGUCAAACACGCAGAUGGAUACGAAAUCUCGCAAUCGAAGGGAGAAGCCGUCCUAAGGAUAUCGGCUGCCAGAAAUGAAGACGUUGCCGAGUACAAGGUGGAAGCCAGCAACCCAGCUGGAAAGGCUUCUUCCGUCGCCAACCUGGUCCUCACUCGUAAGUCGCUUUCUUUUAGUUCCGCCUUUAUCAUUUCAUUUCCAGCGAGAUCUGGAAGAAUCGCCAAGACGACCAUCUCGCGUGGUGGCUCGGCUGCCUAUCAAUCGACCGAUAAAGCCGCCGCCGACGCUCCGCACUUCCUCGCCAAGCUGUCUGACAUCUCUGCCCGUCAAGGACACACUGUCAAGUUCAGCGCCGAGGUCGACGGAAACCCGGAGCCAACUGUUCAGUGGCAAUUCAAGGGAAAACCACUCACUGCUUCAAAUAACGUGAAGGUGAGUCACUGGGAAUUGGGCUCUCGAAUCAUUACGGAUUGUCUUCAGAUCUCGCGUGACGGCAACGUGCCAUUCUGGAGCUGGCCCGAGUAACCCCGGACAGCGCCGGAGAGUACCAGAUCGUCAUCCGAAACGACAAGGGAGCCGCCACGUCGCAAGCCAAGCUCACCCUCAGUGCGUAGAACUUCUGAGACAGACGCUGCUGAAACCUUGCCUCAAAAUCUGAAAAACUGAAACAAAACAGAAACGCGCAUGAUUUUUGAUCCACUUCUUGUGCUAAAUCCACUGAAGCACGUCGACUCUCUAGCACAUUCUCUUUCACUUCUCGGCUCGCCAAACCCUUCCGCCAGCUCGUCUAAUUGUCCCGUUUCCCUUCUAACCCCACCUUCCCAUUGCAAUAAUUCCAUGUUAUUCAGGUCGCUAAGCCGUCAAAAUCACCUUCAUAUCUUCUCACAUACGUGCCACGUCAUCCAAUAAUCAACCACAAAAACGUGUAG